AUGGCAGAGGCGAUCCAGUGGCUCGUGAAGAACCCCGAGCAGAAGAUGCGAGACGCAAAGAUCUUCAGUCCCGAGGAUUAUCACCAGAUCGCGCAGUGGGACAACAAAUCUCAUUUUGACCAAGUGGAUGACCAAAUUAUCGAUGUUCUCAUAGAUCAGCAUGCUCUUUCGAAUCCCACUGCAGCCGCAAUCCACUCCUGGGACGGCGAUUUGACCUACGCCGAACUGAAGAGCCUGUCAUUGAAACUGGCUGCCCAGUUACAAUCCCUUGGGGUCUGUCCGGGUGACAUGGUGCCUCUGUGUAUGGAAAAGUCCCUCUGGGCGAUCGUCGCAGUGCUAGCUGUGAUUAAAUCCGGGGCUGCAUUUGUCCCACUGGAAGCCCUCCAACCUAAAAGGCGGCUUGAAGGAAUUAUCGAUCGAGUGCAUGGACGUGUCGUCCUCGCAUCGCCCGUACACGCUGCCGGCUUAGAGAGCGCGGAAAGAACGGUAGUCCGCCGGACAGCAAGCUCUACCGCCUACAUCCUCUUCACCUCUGGCAGCACCGGCCGCCCAAAAGGCUGCAUAAUGAAUCAUAGCGCACUGACAGGCUUCGCCGCACACGCGCUACCCCUCCAAAUCACCCGCACCAGCCGGGUCCUCCACUUCGCCUCCUACAGCGUGCACGCAUCCCUCAUUGAGAUCUUCUGCACCCUCUCCGUCGGCGCCACACUCUGUAUCCCCACACACCACGACCGGAUGAAUGAUCUACAGGGCUCCAUCAACCGGAUGGGCGUUACUUGGACGACCAUGACGCCGUCGACUUUGAGGACACUUGAUACGCGGGAUCUGCGGAGCGCUGAGGCGAUCCCGAAGAACGCGUACGAGAUCUUUCAGGGUGGGUUUCGGUUGCUUAUUGGGUAUGGUAUGACGGAAUGGGGAGGAAUUCUGAGUGCGCAGAAGCCCGGGACGAGGGAUACGAGGAAUAUUGGGGAGGCGUUUUUGGGUAGUGUCUGGCUUGUUGAGAGCGAUGACCAUAAUCAGCUUGCGCCUGUUGGUGCAGUGGGUGAGCUGCUUAUUGAAGGGCCUUACCUUACGCGUGGGUAUUUAGAUGACGAAGAGAAAACGGCGGAGGCGCUUGUUGUAGGCCCAAAAUGGUUGCGGCAGUUUCGCGGGGACGCCUAUCUUCAACGGAGAUUAUACAAGACAGGUGACCUGGCCCAGUACGAACCCGACGGGACGCUGCGCUAUGUUAGCCGGAAGGACAAUCAAGUCAAGUUGCGUGGAUACCGAAUUGAGCUGGAGGAGGUGGAAUAUCAUCUUCGGGAGAGCUGGGAUGGGAUGGAGCAUGACGCCGUUCUUCUUGCGGACGUGGUGGUUUCAGCGGAGGACUCUGCCUCGCCGUCACUCAUGGCAUUCAUUCACGAUAAAGGAGCAUCCACGGCCAAAGAUUCGUCGCUUUUCAUGGAACCAGACGAACAGUUCCAUCUACGCGCGCGGAAGGCAGAGUCGAAACUGCGCGAACAGCUCCCAGGCCACAUGGUCCCAACCGUCUACAUCCCCCUAUCAUAUGUGCCAAUGACAGUCUCCCGAAAAAUCGAUCGAAGAGCCAUACGAACCCAAGCCGCCACACUCAGCCAGCAUCAGCUACUACGUUACCGAACCGAACCGCAGACUGGGGAGAACGAAAGGGCCAAGCCAUCCUCUAUGACCGAGCUAGCCCUCCAUCGAAUGUUCGCUCUUCUACUCGACCUCGAACCUACGGACAUUGGAGUCGAUGAUAGUUUCUAUGCGCUUGGAGGCCACUCGAUUGGCGCAAUGCAGCUGGUUUCCAUGUGCCAGGAGGAGAAUAUACCGCUGACCGUGCAGGAUUUGUUUGAGAAAGAGACUAUUGCGGGGCUUGCAGAAGCUGUCGAGCGGAAUCGCUUGAAUUAGACAUUUCUCUGAUUUGUCUACUUUCCCAGGGUUGAAGCCAAAGGAUGCGCAGGUCAUGACCGGUCAAGAUAUAA